UCUCAUCGCUCUCUGCAUCCUCUCCUUAUCCUGAGCAUAAGGCAGCCUGAGGAGGCAUAUGCUGAAGAGCUGUGAAGCAUACUUCCAGCUUUGGGCUGGGGGGCCCACCCCUCUUUCUCCUCCCACCUCUGACUUCACACCACCCCUCCAGGGUCUUCACUGCCCACUGUGACUUCACAAAGUUGGCUUGAGCAAGGCAAUCAGGUAGUAACCUGUGGCUACCAGGCCUUUUGUGUCCACCGUGACUUCCAGGCCCACGAGCCCUUUCACGGCCACCAUGCCUUCUCCACCUACGAGAGCCCCAAAGCCCAGCACAUCUCCGGCACCCACUGGACCCCCGAUGCCCGCAGAGUCUCCCAAGCCUCCCGCCUCCUUGAAGACCCCCAAAUCAGCAGUGCCCAACAGCCCCUCGGCAUCCACCAAACCAUCCACAGCCCCCAACUCGGUCACAAGCCCAAGCAGUUCCAAAUCUCCCAAAUGGGCGAAGACCAAGACAGCCCCUUCUAACCAGCCCAGCCACAAGUCGCGAGUCCACAGCCAGGCACGCACGCCCAGCAAAGCCAGCACUGACACCCGGGCCAGCACUGACACCAGGGUCAGCAAGGCCAGCAAGGCCAGCGGGGUAAGACGCCCCCAGCACCAAGGCACCCGCAGCCGGGGCAGAACUCCUGGCAGAAAGGGAAGCCGCAGCUCCAAGCGGUCAGCCAACAGGGCCAGCACGCCGAGCAGGAUACGAACUCACGGUGCCAAACCAGGCAUGCCCAGCAAGGUGAGAACUACUUCCCAGCAAAAACAGGGUAGGGGGAAGAGUUACAGCAGGCCUAGAACCAGCAACCAGGAAAGGAGUGAGAGCCAGCCUAGAAGUGUGAGCCGAAAGAAGAGCAACAGCCCCCCAGGAACCUCUGAUAUGGGAAAGAGUUCCAGCCCGGCUGCAGCCCCCAGCAGGGCAAAGAGUUACAGCCCCACUCGAACUCCCUUCAAGGAGACAGGUUACAGCCAGUCUCCCUCAUUGUCGCGGAGGGUGAAGAGUUACAGUCAGAUGAUUACCCCCAGCAGGGAAUGGAGUUACAGCCCGACUGAAGCGUUCAGCAGGGUCGAGAGUUACAACCAGGGUAGUAUGCCCAGCCGGCCCCAAAGUCACAGCAGGUCUAGCAGUCCCAGCCGGCCCCAAAGUCACAGCCGGUCUAGAACGCCGAGAAGGGCAAGAAGUCACAGCCGGGAGAGGGCCCACAGCAGGGUGAGAAGUCACAGCUGGAAGAGAAACCACAGCAGGGCAAGAAGUCGGACCCGCAAGGGAACUCCCAGUCAGACGGGAAGACAGAGUCCGUCAAGAAUCCGCAGCAAGGGGAAAAAUUAUACCCAAUCUAGAAGCCCCAGAAAGGAAAGAAGUCACAGCCAGUCUAGAAGCCACAGCAAGGAGAGAGGUUACAGGCGAUCUAGAACCCACAGCAAGGAGAGAGGUCGCAUAUGGUCUAGAACCCCCAGCAAGGAGAGAGACCACAGCCGAUCUAGGACCUCCAGUGAGGAGAGAGACCACAGUCGAUCCAGAACCCCCAGCAAGGAGAGAGAGUACAGCCAAACUAGAACCCUCAGCAAGGGAAGAUAUUACAGCCGAUCUAGAACCCCCAGAAAAGAGAGAGAUCACAGCCGAUCUCGAACCUCCAGCAAGGGGAGAGAUCACAGACAACCUAGAACCCCCAGCAAGGAGAGCGAUCACAGCCAAACUAGAACCCCCAUCAAGGAGAGAGAUCACAGCCGAUCUACAACCCUCAGCAAGGAAAGAGAUCACAGCCAAACCAGAACCUCCAGAAAAGAGAGAGAUCACAGCCGAUCUCGAACCUCCAGCAAGGGGAGAGAUCACAGUCGAACUAGAACCCCCAGCAAGGAGAGAGGUCACAGCCGAUCUACAACCCUCAGCAAGGAAAGUGAUCACAGCCAAACCAGAACCUCCAGAAAAGAGAGAGAUCACAGCCGAACUAGAACUCCCAGCAAGGAGAGAGAUCACAGCCGAUCUACAACCCUCAGCAAGGAAAGAGAUCACAGCCAAUCUACAACCUUCAGCAAGGAAAGAGAUCACAGCCAAACCAGAACCUCCAGAAAAGAGAGAGAUCACAGCCGAUCUCAAACCUCCAGCAAGGGGAGAGAUCACAGUCAACCUAGAACCUCCAGCAAAGAGAGAGAUCACAGCCAAACUAGAACUCCCAGCAAGGAGAGAGAUCACAGCCGAUCUACAACCCUCAGCAAGGAGAGAGAUCACAGCCAAACCAGAACCUCCAGAAAAGAGAGAGAUCACAGCCGAUCUCGAACCUCCAGCAAGGGGAGAGAUCAUGGCCGAUCUAGAACUCCCGGAAAGAAGAGAGACCACAGCCUGACCAGCACGUCCAACCAAGAAAGUGACCCCAACAAGGAGAGCAAUUCCAGCCAAUCUACAACCCCCAGCAAUCUCAGCAGGAAGGGAUCCCAUAGCAGAGCACAGAGUCCUAAUGAGAACACAACACCUAGCGAGACAAGGAACCACUCCCGGUCAAGAUUUCUUAGCAGAGCCCCAGGCCCAAACCAGGAUGAUACACAAGCCGACACUACCGCCUCUAAGCCCAUCUCACCUGGAGAAAGGUCCUCGUCGUCUUCUUCCAAGCUGGCGUAGCCCCCAGUCUCAGCUGGCUCACGGGUCUCUGUCAUGGCCGGGGGAGGGGACAGGAGACAGGAGCAGAGCAGAAGCUGGGCAGUGUCCCUCGCUGGCCAGCUUUCCACAGCCACACCUCGGCCACAGGUCCUCUAAUGCGGAUGUCGGCUUGUAGAGAGGGAUACUGGAUCGGGAAGGAAAGACCUGUGGCAACAAUAAAUUUUUACAUAGCAUCUGC